CGAAAGACUGAAAGAGAGGGCUUCAUCUUCCUCCCAAGCUCCCCUCACCGCCCUUUUCCAGCACAGCUGAGAUGACUGUCGUUUUGCCUGUUGCCCAGGCCUGUAACUGGAGUGUCAUCUCUCGAUCUGCAUGUCUGUGGUGCACCGAAAUCUUCCGGAUGAGUCCCCUUCCUGCUUGCUCCUGUGCUGCCCCUCACCCGUGGAAACAGCUCCCUGUAGGCAUGUUCAUGGAGCAACAUGGAGAAAAGAAGAUAGCAUAGUAAGGUGGUGGAGUUGCGGACAGCAUGGCCUUCCUGGACAACCCAACCAUUAUACUGGCUCAUAUUCGGCAGUCACAUGUGACAAGUGAUGACACAGGGAUGUGUGAAAUGGUCCUGAUAGAUCAUGAUGUCGACCUAGAGAAAUUCAAUCCCUCUUCAACAAAUGGGGACAGUGGUUCAGAAAUGCAGGGAAGCAAUGGGGAGACUCAGGGUUAUGUAUAUUCCCAAUCAGUCGAUAUUACCUCAAGCUGGGACUUUGGGAUUAGAAGACGAUCAAACACAGCUCAGAGACUGGAACGACUACGAAAAGAAAGACAAAACCAGAUAAAAUGCAAAAAUGUUCAGUGGAAAGACAGAAAUACUUCUUAUUCAGCAGAGGAGCUGAGCUCGCUGUUUGAAAAAAAGAAUUUCAAAGUCAAGUCUCCACAUUUGGGGAAGCAGUCUAUACUGUCUGUGCGACUUGAGCAGUGCCCACUGCAGCUGAACAAUCCUUUCAAUGAGUACUCAAAAUUUGAUGGCAAGGGUCAUGUUGGAACAACUGCAACCAAAAAAAUUGAUGUCUACCUCCCCUUGCAUGCAAGCCAAGACAAACUACAGCCAAUGACAGUUGUGACGAUAGCAAAUGCCAAGGUGCAUGACCUGAUUGGACUAAUAUGCUGGCAGUACACGAGUGAAGGACGGGAACCCAAACUAAAUGACAAUGUCAAUGCCUACUGUCUCCAUAUUGCUGAAGAUGAUGGUGAGGUCGACACAGACUUUCCACCCUUGGAUUCCAACGAGCCCAUUCAUAAGUUUGGCUUCAGCACUUUGGCACUGGUUGAAAAGUACUCGUCUCCCGGGCUGGCAGCAAAACAGUCGCUUUUUGUUCGAAUAAAUGCUGCUCAUGGAUUCUCACUUAUUCAGGUGGACAGUAUGAAGGUCACCAUGAAGGAUAUCUUACAAAAGGCCUUAAAGCGGAGGAAGGGCUCGCAGAGGGGCUCAGGUCCUCAGUAUCGGCUGGAGAAGCAGAGUGAACCCAAUGUCCCCGUAGACUUAGACUGUACCUUGGAGAGCCAGAGCACUUUGGAAUUCUGCCUGGUCCGAGAGAACAGUUCAAGAGGAGAAGAGAUAUCAGAAGAAGAUCCUCAGAUCGAUAUAGCUACAGUUCAAGAUAUGCUUAGUAGCCACCAUUACAAGUCCUUCAAAGUCAGCAUGAUCCACAGGCUUCGAUUCACCACUGAUGUUCAGUUAGGUAUCUCUGGAGACAAGGUGGAGAUAGACCCUUGUACUAAUCAGAAGGCCAGCACUAAGUUUUGGAUUAAGCAGAAACCCAUUUCAAUCGAUUCUGAAUUCCUCUGCGCCUGUGACCUUGCAGAAGAAAAAAGCCCAAGUCAUGCAAUAUUUAAACUUACAUAUUUACACAAUCAUGACUACAAGCACCUCUACUUUGAAUCAGAUGCUGCUACUGUCAAUGAAAUCGUACUAAAGGUUAACUAUAUUCUAGAAUCCCGAGCAAGUACAGCCAGAGCAGAUUACUUUGCUCAGAAACAAAGAAAACUGAGCAGGAGAACAAGCUUUAGCUUCCAGAAGGAGAAGAAAUCAGGACAGCAGUAAUGUCUCGCCUAGAGCAAAAACUGUCUACCAAUUUGGAAGAGGAGAAGCUCCCAACAGCCUGAGACAGGUGGGAGCCAGAACUACAGCGUUCUUGCUGCCAACAGGCACGGGUAGCCCAGGAAGAGAGUCAAUAUUGCAGUCUCUUGUGGUUGGCAGAUGAUCCCGCGCUGGUGAUGGGAGUCUCCCUUUUGACGAAAACAAAGAGCCAUAUCAACCGAAAAGGGGACUGUUACGCUUCAGAGUCCUUUGAUUAGAAAGAAGAGAAGGGCAUAGGCUGGCGGUGUUCAAUUGCUGUAUUAUGUACAAUUGCAAGGAAAGAUGUGGUUAUAAAUUGUUGCACAGCCUGAUUAGAAUAAAUUAUAUACAUCUGUAAUACACAUACACACACACGCACGCGUGCGCAGGUACUGCUUGCGAUAUUAUCAAAUUUCUAAAACUGUAGGACAAAUGUAUCCAUUUUUACUAUUAAUAAACAAACGUGAUCUUUC